UUCCUAUUUCAUCCCGCUCCCUCUCAAUAUAAAUCCUACCAAAAAAAUUCGACCGUUAUAUUCAAAAGAAAAACCUCCUUCUGUGCUUGAGAAGAGAAAAAAAACUAAACAGAGGAAACUCUUCAUUGGUUUUCUCUGUUGCAUUCAAAUUAUCAAGCACAUAACCCAUUUCCCCCCCUUUCUUUCUUACAUCAAAGAAUCAAGAAAGAAACCAAGAAUGGAUUCACCUCAAGCAAGAAAAUCUGGGCUUAAUCUCCCAGCUGGAAUGGCCGAACGGUCGCUUCGGCUCGAGACGUUUUCGGGUUCUUUUCGAGCUAUAUCAAACUUGUCGUCUCCUUCGAAAACCUCAACUUGCAGCGACAGAUUCAUUCCGUGCAGAUCGUCGUCCAGGCUGCACACAUUCGGGCUGAUUGAAAAAGCCUCCCCUGUGAAAGAAGGGGGAAAUGAAGCUUAUUCAAGGUUGUUGAAAACAGAGCUUUUUGGAUCUGAUUUUGGUUCUUUUUCACCUGCAGGUUCUCAAGGUCAAGGCUCUCCUAUGAGCCCCAGCAAGAACAUGCUCAGGUUCAAAACAGAUCACUCUACUCCAAAUUCACCUUAUUCCCCCUCAAUUUUCAGCCAAGAUGCUGGUUAUUCUUCGGAAAUCUCAACCCCGCCGAAGCCGCCUCGAAAAGUCCCCAAGACACCUCAUAAGGUUUUGGAUGCGCCAUCGCUUCAAGAUGAUUUCUACUUGAAUCUUGUGGAUUGGUCAUCACAGAAUGUGUUGGCUGUAGGACUUGGAACGUGUGUUUAUUUAUGGAGUGCAUCAAAUUGCAAAGUCACUAAGUUGUGUGAUUUGGGACCUAAUGACGGUGUAUGUUCCGUCCAAUGGACAAGAGAGGGUUCCUACAUAUCAAUUGGUACAAACCUGGGUCAAGUUCAGAUAUGGGAUGGGAGUCAAUGCAAGAAAGUUAGAACCAUGGGAGGGCAUCAAACAAGAACUGGUGUUUUGGCAUGGAAUUCUAGGAUAUUAGCAUCAGGAAGCCGGGACCGUAAUAUUCUUCAACACGAUCUCCGGGUUGCUAGUGAGUUUGUGAACAAACUCGUAGGCCAUAAAUCUGAGGUUUGUGGGCUUAAAUGGUCAAACGAUGACAGAGAGCUCGCUUCUGGUGGAAAUGACAAUCAGCUUUUAGUAUGGAACCAGCAUUCACAGCAGCCAGUAUUGAGACUAACUGAGCACACAGCAGCAGUUAAGGCCAUUGCUUGGUCGCCGCACCAGAGCGGCCUUCUUGCAUCUGGAGGUGGAACUGCUGAUCGAUGCAUUCGCUUCUGGAAUACUGCAAACGGCCACCAGUUGGAGAGUGUUGACACCGGAAGCCAGGUUUGCAAUCUUUCAUGGAGUAAAAAUGUAAAUGAACUUGUGAGUACACAUGGGUAUUCACAGAAUCAGAUUAUGGUGUGGAAGUAUCCAUCAAUGGGGAAGGUUGCUACUCUAACUGGACACACAAUGAGAGUGUUGUACUUGGCAAUGUCUCCUGAUGGUCAGACCAUUGUAACAGGUGCGGGAGAUGAAACUCUUAGGUUCUGGAACAUCUUCCCAUCAAUGAAAACUCAGACACCAGUCAGAGAUACCGGCCUGUGGUCAUUAGGACGAACGCAAAUUAGGUGACGAAGAGAUCCUUUCAAUAGCAAGCCUGUUUUUCAUUCAUUCAUUCAUUUUGUAAAUGAGUAGCACUCUUUGGAAUUCUCCCAAAGCAAGCAUUUUAAUAUGUGUCGUGAGAAGUGUUCUUAACUUGUAGAAAGUUUCAUUUUGUUUCUGAAAUUUCAUAUGCAAAUGAUAUCAACAAAAGAGACUGUCCUUUUAGUUCUUGGUUCA